ACACAUAUAUCAAGUAUUGAGAGUUCCUAACCUACAUCUGCCUAUGACCAUCGUCAUCGGCGUAACUAAUUGUAAAAUUGUUAAAAAUGUUCCGAGAGUCCUUUUACCUCGAAUAAAAUGCCCAGUGCUGAAAUUAGACUCCAAGAGGCGUUCCAUGUUUUGUCGCAAGAGGCAAAAGAGUUGUACUUAGAAAGCGAAGUUGCAGAAGUAAAUCACUCAAUUGCGCCACUCAUCUUCUACCGAGAGUAUGUUUCGAAAAACGUACCAUUAAUCAUACGAGGUGGGAUUAAACGUUGGCCUGCCGUAAACAAAUGGUCUAUACCAUAUUUUCGUGAAGUGCUUGGCGACGAAAAGGUCUCGGUCGCUGUAACACCAAAUGGCUAUGCGGAUGCAAUAGCUAAAAGAGAUAGUGAUGCAAAAGAAUUUUUUGUAAUGCCCGAGGAACGUUUACUCACAAUAUCAGCAUUUCUCGACACGUUAGAGAAUACGAAAAAGGAUGGUGUAUUUUACAUACAAAAACAAAAUUCGAAUUUUAGGCACAGCUUUUGUAAAUUAUGGCCGGACACAGAAGUCGAGAUAUCAUGGGCCAGUGAAGCUUUCGGAAAACAACCUGACGCUGUAAACUUUUGGAUGGGAGACGAAAGAGCUAUAACUUCGAUGCACAAAGAUCCUUAUGAAAAUAUAUAUUGUGUCGUGUCCGGUGAAAAAAACUUUAUCUUACAUCCCCCCACGGAUUUACCAUGGAUUCCGUAUCGAAAUUAUCCAUCUGCUGUUUACAAGGAAUAUGAUUCUGGAAAAUGGAUCAUCGAUUCGAUAAUUAAUGAAAUACCUGAUUCAGAAGGAAUCACAAAUUUCACGCCGUGGAUAUGCGUAGAUCCCCUAAAUCCGGAUUAUGAAAAAUAUCCGGAAUAUCGUAAUACACACAGUUUGAAAGUUACACUCAGAGCUGGAGACGUUUUAUACCUGCCGUCCUUGUGGUUCCAUCACGUCACACAGUCUCAUGCUUGUGUAUCCAUCAAUUAUUGGUACGAUAUGGAAUUCGAUAUUAAGUAUGCCUACUUCAGAGCACUCGAGACACUGUGCAAAUGAACGAAUACUUUCGGUAAUUGUUUUCGCGUUUCCUCCGCUGCUCUUCUGCCUGCUGUCGCAGUUUCUCAGGAUUCAUAUGCGUGGUCACCAUAUGCCUCGUUAAUGAACUCAUGAAUUUGUACGUAAUUCCACACACAUCGCAAGAAAGUAUUUCCUCAUUUCCUCCCUGCUGCUAUUUGUUAAAAAGAAAAUGGUUUACAAUUCCACAAAUCUAAAUAAAAAGAUUGUAUAAACGUGCAAAAAAAUAAUAUAAAAUUAUUCAAAUAUUCAGUAUAGUUUUUUAUAUACUAGGGCCAUAGGUACCAAUCAAUAAACAUUAGAGUUAAGAAAUUAAAGUUAUCAAUGAAUAAAUAUUAUAAAAACUUAGUAUAACUCAUUAAGGCAAAAAUUGCAUAAAAGACAUGUUAACUCUCGCUUAACGGAAUGAGGUCCUAAGAGAACGCCAACGAUAAAUGUCUGUAAAUUGAAUAGUUUUUAUGCAUUUAACUGAUUUCAAAUAUGAUGUCGGAAAUGCAGAAUUCAAAAUGGCAGACCAAAUCCAAAAUAGCGGACCUAAAAUAUCCAUGUAGGGUGUCCCAAAACAUGUGGGUCAACACUCGUAAAAAGGUAGAAGGAAUCGAGAUGAACAUAAAAUUCCAAUAUUGUCUUGGGUUAGGUCUUAGAUUAGGUCCACCAAUCGAGGUAAAAAAAAAAUAUAUUUUUAAAAAUGUUUUUUCUCUGUAAGUAACGUAAUUAUUGUUUUUAAUAACGUGAUAGAAUUUGUACUAUUAUAUAAUUUGUAAUCCCGUCUUUUAGAUAACAUAUCUGGACAUAUGUCAUAGUUCUUAAUGUGCACAAUGUAAUUUAUGUAUAUAUACACUUGAAAAAGACCGAAACCUAUGUCGAAACGUAGUACGUUAAUUUUAAAUUAUAUCUGGUCAGUUAGGUCAAAUCUAA